AUUCUGAGUUCUAGAGCAAGAGCGAAGAUGUCAGGGAGAGGCAAAGGAGGGAAGGGAUUGGGAAAGGGGGGAGCGAAGAGGCAUCGUAAGGUGCUAAGAGAUAACAUUCAGGGUAUCACUAAGCCUGCGAUUCGUCGUCUGGCGAGGCGUGGAGGUGUCAAGCGUAUCAGUGGUUUGAUCUAUGAAGAGACCCGCGGAGUCCUCAAGAUCUUCCUCGAGAACGUUAUCCGUGAUGCUGUUACUUACACUGAGCACGCUCGCAGAAAGACCGUGACCGCCAUGGAUGUGGUUUAUGCUCUCAAGAGGCAAGGCAGGACACUCUAUGGGUUUGGUGGUUAGUGUUACAGGUUUUAUGGAGGUCAGAAAUAGGGUUU